AUGGAAUACUUCGAUUUUGAGGGCGCCUCUUCGGGGCAUGGCUCCAAUCAGCAAGAGGACGAUGUCGCCUCCGUUGAUAUUGAAUUUGAUGAAGUCGAGGACGAAGUGGCCAAUUUUAACUCUCUGGCCCAAGAUCAGCCACUAGAGUUCCCCGAUCAGUAUAUCGGACAGCCUGUUGAUCCCGACGGGGUAUACCCAAUGUUCCGCGCCCAGGAACCGUGCGACUUUUGUCGCCGAAUGGGAUUGGAUUGCUUUGUUGCCAAGCGUGGUGUCAUGCAAAAUGGCUGUACUUGCUGUAUCUCUCUCUGGCGUGAAUGCAGUUUCACACAUGCCAAAACACCUGGCAAGUUCCUUCAGACCCUACACAGUGUGUCCGAGAAUGCCUAUGUUCCAACGGGCAGCCUCACAGGAAAGAAAGCUCUCAAGUCGGUCUCAUACGGCCCAUAUGCCGAUGAUGCCGAUGCACGCUCCCGCAAAAACAGCCCUCGAUUCUCUCGGAGAGCAAUCAGCGUUUUGAAGAGCUGGUUGCGCGAUCAUAACGAGAAUCCAUAUCCUACUGAACAGGAGAGAGAUGGUCUCAAACAAGACACUGGCUUGACAAGAACACAAAUCUCGAAUUGGCUAGCAAAUGCCAGACGGCGUGGCAAAGUGCGUCCCACGACCGAGAGCACUCUUCCCAUUCCCGGUGCCGUGGAUAUUCCCCAGAAAAAGUCCGUCGACAUAUCUCUCAUGACACCUUUGGAGCGUUGGAAAUACUCUCCUCCCGAGAACGAACCCGCUACAAUCAGUGAUAUUACCCGUGCCUUGGCCAAUCCCCCGUUCGAUCCCUCGCGUCCACGCCGGGCCCCAUCUGGUCACGUGAGGCCCCGUCGCCCUGGGUCCAGUACCAAUGAGUCAAGCCAUGCCAGCUCAGAACAUAAACUGCGCACCGCCUCGGCCAGCAGUGUGGACACUAGUCGGUCAUCUAUCUCUGACCUCUCUUUUGCUUCGGCAUUCUCUCAUCGAUCCUCGCUUUCAUUUGGCUCAAUGGAUCGUAAAGAUCGUCGCCGUCGCCGUAAGGCCUCGGUACCUGCCAACACAUUAACCCAUUCCAAGGCUAAAUCUGCUCGUCCUUUCCAAUGCACAUUCUGCACUGACUCAUUUCCUGCCAAAUAUGAUUGGCAACGACACGAAAAGUCCAUGCACCUUAUUUUGGACAAAUGGACAUGCUCUCCUGAUGGUGGAGUAGUUGAACAAGAUGGAAUACCUCUUUGUGUCUUCUGCUCAGCAGCAAACCCUGAUGGGGAACACUUGGAGACUCACAACUUCAUCAGCUGUCAAGAGAAAACAGUGCAAGAGAGGACGUUCUAUCGAAAGGAUCACCUCAACCAACACCUUCGCUUAAUGCACAACACGAAGUAUCAAUCGUGUAUGGACAAAUGGCAGAGUAGCGUCACUGAAAUCAAAUCUCGUUGCGGCUUCUGUGGCUCUAUCUUCCAUACCUGGAAAGACCGAAUUGAUCAUUUGGCGGGCCACUUCAAGAGUGGAGCUGUGAUGGCUCAAUGGCAAGGGGAUUGGGGCUUCGAACCUUUGAUUCAAGCUCGCGUCGAAAAUGCAAUUCCACCGUAUAUGAUUGAUUAUGAAUGGAGAAGUCCUGAUCCAUUCACCACACAAAAAUCUCAAGGGGACGGUACCUCACCUCAGCUCCCCGUUCCCAAUGAUGCCAACUGCUACGAGCGUCUCUCGCAUGAACUUGCCGCAUACAUCCAUAAACAAAAGUCACAAGGCUUGGUUCCGUCAGAUGUGAUGCUCCAAGAAGAAGCCCGUCGUGUUAUUUAUGGAUGUGAUGACCCUUGGAACCAAACCUGCGCAGACAACAUCGUGUGGUUAAGCGUACUCAAACGCGAUUGUGGAUUGGAUACUGCUGUGCAAAGUGAUACUAUUCAGUUCGACGAUCUAGGCAUGCAACCUCCAUUUGCAGUGCAUGGCGGCCUGCGGGCCCCACCCCGGGAGCUGAACGUGCUCGCGCGAACAGUAUGCCGAGGUGGCCUAUAUAGCCCUGCAGUCUCUAGCCCGGGCCUCCGCAGCCCCGCCUUUCCCGGAACUGGCUACUCAUCUGCCGGACCUAGCCGUGGAGGAAGUCUCUCCGGUAGUUAUGCUGGCAGUGCAGGGAUGGCAUCAGCAAGUGCGGAUCCGUCAUUUACCACGGAUUGGGGCAGCAGUGUGCCAACUAGUCUUCCAACUAGCCUUCCUACCACUUCAUCCAUGCCAGGAGAAAGUUCUCUGAAUCCAUUGGUACAACUGGGCUUUGAUCCCGAGUUCCUUCAACGACUCAAUGACAACUAUGGCGAAAUCAACCCCGAUGAGGUGGAAGGCAUGAAUUUGGAUGACGACGCCGGUCAAAAGGGGGUCGGAGGAUACGGGUGGCCAAACUCAGACAUACUUGGUCAACCCACGACUCAGCCUCUGAUGGGUGAAGGUCCGGCUUCAGAUCUGGUCGGUAUCAUCAAUUCCAAAGAGGGCCACGCCCCUGCUUCAGAUACAUCCAAGCCUGAUCUUUCUGGAUAUCUCAAUCUCGAAAGCCAAUUUUGA